UCGCUCUGGAUCGAGCGAUGGCGACCGCCACAGGGGAGGAAGCAAGCGUGGCGGAGCUGCAGGAGCGCCUGGUGACGUUCAAUGGGCAGCUAGAAACGAUCCAGCUGCUCUUAACGACAGACCCGGACAAUCAAGAGCUGAUUGGAAUCGCGGCCGACUUGAAGGAGGUGAUCAAACUCACACAGGGCAUGGUCAACCACCACCUCAGUUCAUGCGUCGACAGCCGGCAUACUGCCGAUACCGGGGCAGCGUUUCCUGUUGGAACAUACGUGGAGGUCUUACGCGAAGGACAGUGGUUCCCAGGGGUGGUCGAAGGCAUCAAGCGCGCGCCAGGUGGCGGGAACACAUUCACAAUCCAUCUACUGGGGCUAAAAGUCAAGCAGGAUGUGGACUUGACGUCCCUUCGGGCAAUUGACACCGGAUCCGCGCCCCUGCUGCAUGGGAUCGACGUUGGCGUUUCGUGCAUGGCAAAAUACUACGUCGAUGGCGUGUAUUACAAAGCAGUCAUCAAGGAGGUGACAUCCCAUGGCGUGAUGGUGCUCUUCGAGGGAUACGGCAACCUGGAGGAAGUGCCGGAGGCAUACCUUCGCCCGGUCGAGACCAAGGCCGCAACGAACACUGCCCCCGUGGCAGAAGCUCCCAAGAAAGACGACAUGUCGCUCAUUGCGAUCCCAGCUAGCUUGGCCAUUUUGCCGACAGAUUCCGAAGCCGAGCGAGAUCGCAAGCGAAAGCGGUGGAUUCCACUCGACGUCGAGAUCACUUGGCUCAGCUUUGUCGUAGGAUUCGUGCAAUCAAGUCGCUGAACAGGCACAAAGCGAUCGACAUUGAACGUAACACCAAGCAGAACGACUGGGCCAAGUUCCAGGCCAAAGCGAGCAAGAAGCGGGUGAUCGGCGUGAUCUCGAACCCCAAGAAGAGCAGCAUCUUCGCCUCGCCCGCGACGGUUGACGGCCGCGUUGGCGUCAUCGGCAGCGACCAAAAGAUGACGCGUUUCGAAGACUCGCGCAAGAAGUUCAAGCUCGUCGAGCAGCCCGACACCGACCAGAGUUAAGUGACAGAAUCAAAUGCACAUUCGUCUCCACCAAACGAUGGAUGCGUCAACGCGCAACGGCACAAACUGUGCGCCGUGCCUCCA